CGCCGCGGGCUCCGGGGACGCCCGGGGCCGCCCCCUCCGGGACCUCCUGGGCCGAGGGGCCGGGAAGGCGGCGUCCGGGGGCGCCGAGGAGCGGGGAGGGGGCGCUACCCGACCUCCCGCCCCCCUGCGCCCCGCGAGCCUGGGGCUUGGAGGAUGCAGCCCGACCUGCCUUUUGGAUUCGCGCAUCAGCUGUGUGAUUAAUUCAUGAAAGGAAUGGUAACUGGUUAAGGAGGAGCCCACCCCAGGCCCCUUGUGGCUUCAGUCGCGGACACUGGGAGGAAAGGAAAACCGUGAGUUCUGGGCUACAUUUGGAGUAGCAUUGUCUACAUGGGCAUUCCUUCCUCCUACGAGUUGAGAAAACGUUUGCUAACUUGUUGAAAAAAUGCAGAAGAUCUUGCAGACAGAUGAAAUUACUGAUACACAAGCUCUUAGAAAAGGAAAGAGGAAAAGAAUAGAGACAACGGACACAGAAAACACAAAUAGUGUCACAGAUAAAGGACAGAGGGAUCCCUACUCCGGAAACGCCUUUCUGCCCGGGGAGAGCUCCAGUGAGGAUGAAGCGCCUUUGGCAGAGCUAUCCAAGGAGGAACUGUGUGCCAAGAUCAAAUCCCUGAGGGAAAGACUGACCAACACCCGGAAAGAAAACAGCCGGCUGAGGCAGUCUUUGGUCAUGCUACAAGUGCUGCCACAGGCAGUGGUCCAGUUUGAGGAGCUGGUUGGCAUGGCGGAGACCUUGCUUAAGGGAGGAGGCUCUGUGUCGGCGCCGGCCUGCACGCUGUGGAGGGCAGCCAACAGCUCCUCCCCCGACUCGCUGGCCUCCGUCUGCAGCCCUUCCGGGUCCGACUCCAGCUCGCCCAACUCCCUGCAGCCCGAGGAGGCUCCUCCGGAGGAGAAGCAGUUCAAGAUUGAAAAUUGGCAGAUUGCACGCUGCAAUAAGAGCAAGCCUCAGAAGUUCAUUAAUGACUUAAUGCAAGUUCUUUACUCUAAUGAGUACAUGGCCACGCACAGCCUGACAGGGGCCAAGUCCUCCACUUCCAGAGACAAAGCCGUCAAACCAGCGAUGAACCAGAAUGAGGUUCAGGAAAUCAUAGGCGUCACAAAACAAUUAUUUCCCAACACAGAUGACGUUUCAAUCAGGCGAAUGAUAGGACAAAAGCUGAACAACUGCACUAAGAAGCCAAAUCUAAGCAAAAGCCUUAACUCUCAGGAUAUUAAGUAGAUCCUUUCGGUAUUGUAGGCAUCUGUAACAAGACGCCUUCGGUUCUGACUCCGGCAUUGGGUUUUGUUGGAGGAUCUGCACACUCAGAAGGCACAGAGAGGCCCGUGCGGUGGGGCGGCCCCAUGUCUGUGACGUCGUGGGCUCUUGUCCUGGAGCCAUGAGCUUGCUGCGGACGCUGCAUGCAGAUCCACCCCCACGCCAGAGACCAUCAACCCAGAGAAUUCCCACUGUUUCACGAGCAUGCAGUAUGGUCUCUUUGGAAAUACUCAUUUCCUGAUCCCCAAGUUCUCUUCUGUACAGCUCACUCGACAGGACAGUCAAACCUCUUCUCCGAGCAGCAAGAACGUCAACCCUCCGAGCAGUCUCUGUCCAAAACAAGCCUCAUACCUUCGUUAUUCCCAGCCGCUCUCCACAGAGCCUUUGGAUCUUGUACAUAAGGCAGUCAUGUCUAAGAAGGAAUAAUGUUUCAGCAAUAAAGUGACAGGAUUUUUAUUAUCUAAAAUGAGCAAAGUGGAAGAACAACAAAAACGGAGGAGCAACCUUUUUUCAUACUGAAGUAUUCCACCACACUCCCGAAAAAACAAACCCAAGGCUUUUGUGUUAAAACAACGUAUCAGUUUUUAAAAUAAUCUCCUUGUUUACCAGACAUGCUUCCAAAUUUUAUUUUCCAAAAUAUACUAAAUAUAGUUAAUAUGUAAACAUUCUCCCUGAGAUAUAACACAUAUAAUUUGGCCAGCUUUUAUCUUCUGAAACAAACCAGUUUUGUUUCAUUGUAGAAGAAAAAUAAAAUUGAGAAAAUCGAUAUAGAUUUGAUAAUUACACAAAAAGAAUGCCACUGUAUAAAUCAACAAAAGGUAAAGCCAAAGGACUGUCAAAGGACUCUCAGUAGAUGUCAGGCUCGUACUUGUGACCUCUCUGCACCAGGAGGGUUUCCUCGUUCUGUGCACGAGGUCGUCUUGAAACUCGGAGAAGAGGCUGCAAUACUUACAGUGGUCAUCCCAAUGACCCAGGGAACAUUCCAUACAUGUUGCUUGAUAAAAAUGUGAUUGUACAAAGUAAAUGUUCUUAAGGAAAUAACUCAUGUAACAUUUGCUACUUUUAAUUAAACAAAAGCAAACUUCAUUGGAAAAAGAAAA